ACUAGAAUCCUGCCUGUAUUAUCCACCGUGGUGUCUAUGUUCCUGCCUCCGCGCUCCAUUGGCAGACUGGGAGGAGUCUAGAUCUCCACAGCUGGGGAAGGUUCUGCGUGAGCGCUGCCAGGGGCUGCCGGGUUGCCGGCCUGGGGGAAGCUCGGUGCUGCAGAUGCACGAGGGUAUAUAGUGACUACCUCCCAGGGAGAGUGGGGAGGGAGAGCUAAGCCGACGGCCAGAGUGGACUAGGGCCCCUGGAGCUCCCAAGGGAAACAAAGGGGCUGGGAGCGCGUGUCCUGCACUUCCUGGCUGGGCAGGUCAGUUGUAGGCAACCUCCCCCACCGGGUCUGGGGUUGCUGUUGCUGCUACAGCUGCUCUCCAACCGCCCAGCCCGGCCCCACCCCCUACUCCUUGCACUCCCUGCAAGGGUCCCCUACCCCGGCAACCCCUGCCGGGGUGAGUCCACUCCCAGCCUGCUCCCGGGCACCUAUGCGCUCAUACAGACUCGGCCCCGUGUCUAUCUGCACAGCCAAAGUGAAACCCCAGGGUUUUUGGUUUUGUUUUUGUUUUUUUUAAAGAAAGUAGUACUUGGCCUAUUGGGGGUUGUCCCCUUGAACAGUGGUACAGAGUGUAUAACGCCUAUGCACGAGUCUUCCUAAACAGCCCUGAGCGUUCAAGGUGGUCACUUCAGACAUCUAUAUAACCCUGCUUUGAGAGGUAAGUCUGUAAGAUUUGGGAGACUCACUUAUGAAAGGUAACCUUCACCACGGUCAACCACCACUUCGUUAUGGAUGACUACACAGUACUGAAGGUGAUUGGGGAGGGCUCCUUCGGCCGUGCUCUUUUAGUUCAACAGGAAAGCAGCCACCAGAAGUAUGCGAUGAAGGAAAUAAGGCUUCCCAAGUCUCUUUCUGGUAUAAAGAACUCUAGGAAGGAAGCUAUUCUAUUGGCUAAAAUGAAACAUCCCAAUAUUGUUGCUUUUAAGGAGUCAUUUGAAGCUGAUGGACACCUGUAUAUUGUAAUGGAAUAUUGUGAUGAAGGUGAUCUCAUGCAGAAGAUUAAACAUCAAAAAGGAAAAUUAUUCCCUGAGGAGAUGAUACUUCAGUGGUUUACACAGAUGUGCCUGGGAGUGAAUCACAUUCACAAAAAAAGGGUGUUACAUAGAGAUAUCAAGUCCAAGAAUGUCUUCCUCACCCAAAAUGGACACAUAAAAUUGGGAGAUUUUGGAUCUGCCCGACUUCUCUCCAAGCCUAUGGCAUUUGCUUGUACGUAUGUGGGAACUCCUUAUUAUGUGCCUCCGGAAAUCUGGGAGAAUAUGCCCUAUAACAAUAAAAGUGACAUAUGGUCCUUGGGAUGCAUUUUGUAUGAACUCUGUACCCUCAGACAUCCAUUUCAGGCCAAUAGUUGGAAAAAUCUUAUCCUCAAGAUAUGCAAAGGUUCCUACAGUCCCCUCCCAUCACAUUACUCCUAUGAGCUUCACUAUCUGAUAAAACAGAUGUUUAAGAGAGAUCCUACAAGUCGUCCUUCAGCUACUACAAUUCUCUCUAGAGGGUCUUUAGCAAAGCUUAUCCAGAAGUGCUUAUCACCAGAGGUAGUCAGAGAGUAUGGUGAGCAAAUCAUAGAGGAAACCAAGAAGUCCAAGAAUGACACGCCAAGAAAAAUGGGCCCUGCCAGAACAAAUAUAAUCUCAGGAAAUGAGGCAGUUACUAUGCAAGGGGAAGAAGAAGGUAAAAAGUGCAGCCAUGCUGACUUAGAGAACAUUAAUAAAAAUUUGGCUGAAAAUGCACUGAAGCGAAUAAGCAAUGAGGAAAAAGAAAAUAAAUUAGUUCAUCUGAAUAAAGGGACCUCGCCAAGCCCUCAGAGGAGACAGUGGGAGAAGAACAUAUCCAAUACAGCUGUAAAUGCCUUAGAAAAAGCAUCCAUACUUUCCUCCAGUUUAGCGUCAGAGGAUGAUAGAGGUGGUUCUGUAAUAAAGUACAGUGAAAAUAAUACCAGGAAGCAGUGGCUCAAGGAAUCUCCUGAAACUUUGUUAAAUAUCCUUAAGGAUGCAGACCUUAGCUUGGCAUUUCAGACAUAUACAAUAUACAAAUCAGGGUCAAAUAAUUUCCUGAAAGGACCUCUUUAUGAUGAAGCAGAAACAUCAGAUUCUGUAGAUGGAGAUCACGAGAUCAGCUUGGACCCUGAGAGACUUGAACCUAGAUUAGAUGAAGAGGACACGGAUUUUGAAGAAGAAGAAGAUGACCCAGACUGGGUGUCUGAACUGAAGAGGAGAGCUGAAUUAAAGUAUGUGGAUCAUGAAUAAUUCCAAAAGAAAUGUUUCUUAAGCACAUUCAGAAGAUUUGUUAAAUUAAGUAAUCAACAUGUUGUAAGUUUACUUUGGCAACAGAACAGAUAAAAGCUGUGAAUAUUAAAGAUGAGGGGUUUGAUGAAUAUCACCAGGAAAUGCAUCUAGAACCCCAGUGGGUUUUUGAAGUAGAUGUUAGUUCUAUAUUAAUCCUCUAAUUGGAACAGCAUCAUGUAAAUGGUUUUCUUCAUACGUCAGAAAGGGAAGCGGGAAAACAUCUUGAGAUUUCUUUUCUUAAUAUUCAAUGUACUUUUAAUCCUAAAAUACUUUGGUAGGGGAGAGUCCUGUAUCUUGAUGGUUGUUGCUGCUUAUUAACGAGAUUUUGACAUAUCAUGUAUUUAUACUCCAUAACAUUUGUAUGAGUGUAAUAUUUUUAGUGGUGCAUUUGCUCUUAAGUAGUAGGAUCUUUUCCCACUAGUUGACAAAGGAGCCUGUGGGGAUGGAACAAAAAUAGGAAGAUGAGAGUGGGAUGAGAAAUAGGAGGGUAAGAGGGGGCUGAGUUUCUAGGUCACAACAGAGGUCAGGCAUGAGUGAUAAGAAUAGGACAUGAGUAUCACCAAUGAAAUAGAAUAAGGAAGGACAAAUCCUUGAGAGGAGAAUCAAGCUCUGUUACUGUCAAUCUGCAGUUGGCCAAUUCUUGGACUACAGUAUUCUUUGGUAGAAUGUAAGCUAUUUGAAGGCAAAGCCUCUUUGUAUUUAUGAUCUGCAAUUUCUGGCCUAUGGUGGAUGGAAGAUAAAUGUUUGCUUUGAAUUACUCAGGUGGCUCUUCCCCUUGGUGUUUACAGGGAAUUUGACAAUGGGAAAACCAUUGAUAACGGCUGAGCAAGGGAUGUAACGAGGAUAGAGGAGCCAUCAGCAUCCAUAUGUAGUUGUCAUUGCAAUAAUGAUUACAGUUUUGCUUAAUAUGAUGUAAUUUUAAAAAAACUUCAUAAAAAUGUUAAGGUUUCAUUAGAAGCAUGGAAUUUUAGAUCUUGGGAAUGACUGAGAAAACCUAAUCUAGACCAUUUAUUUUGUAGGUCAAGAAACUGUAGCUCAGAGUGGUUGUGACUUGGCCAAGAUUGCACAGUGGUAGAGCUGGAACUCCAAUGUCACCAAGUCAGUCAGUCAGUAAGCAAGUAUUUAUUAAGUGGGCUCACUACAUGCAAGACAUUGUGCUAACUGCUUGGCGUACCAAGAAAGGCAAAAACCAUCCCGGUCUUCAAGGAGUUCUCAUGCUUAUGGGGAAGACAACAUGUAAAGAAAUAGGUACAUACAAGUAUUCCAGUGUCCUCUCCACUAUGUGGGGACGUUUCUGUCAAAUGAUCUCAUGAUUCAUUCUGAAGUACACGGUACUAUGCUAUGUUUUUGUGUGCAAAGGUUACUAUAAAAUUAAUUGCUCCAUGAAUACAUAACAUCAAGGAGCCAGUAAGGAUGGAACAGAAAUAGGAGGAUAAGAGUGAGUUGAAUUUCUCGAUCAGAUCAGAGGUUAGGUGUGAAUGGUAAGGAAGGACAGGACAGAAGAAGGAUGUUACUAGGUAUCAGAGAGCAAAGCAGAUGAUACUAAACUUGGGCUUAUAAGUAGGAACAAAGCAAGUCUGAGAUGGGGACAGGGAAUCAGGCAAAAACAGUAUUUAAGCUGAAGAUCAAGAAAUUAGAGGAGAUGCCAUGGCGAAACUGAAGUAGAUAGGAGAUAAUUAGGAAUUAGGGAUAUAUAAUUAGGCCACAACAAAUUAGGCAACCUGUAUCCUUCAAUUUUUUUAACAUAGUAAAAACUAUUCAAAAGUAUACAAAAUUUCAGCAUAAUCCCUUCAUUUCAUCUGUAACUGGGACCUGUUUCUCUGUUUCAUAAUCUUAAGGUAUCUAAUGUCAGGAGUCAUACUUCCCUGGAGAAGUUAUAAUUUUCAUGAUUUUUCUGAAAAUAUUUUGUCACCUUUUCAUGCUUUUUUCAUAAUAAAAGUUUCUGUUUCUUGUAUUAGUAUAA